AUGGCUAGAACCAAGGAACCAUCGUUUGGCAGGCUGCCCUUACGAGAGCAGAGCAUCAAGGCUGCUGCUGCACGUCGCUUGCUGGGCAACGCCAUCUCAGCUCCAUCGACGGCGACGGAAUCGGCAUCGAAGAACGAGCUCCCACCAGAAGCUCAGACAAGCAACAGGAAGCCAAUUCCGAAUGUGAAGUUGAAGAAUACCCACAAGGCUUCGUCGGAAGAAGGACCCAGUGAGAUCGAGAAGCCCAACACCACUGCCAGCGCUCGACAGCAGGAGCUGGAAGACUCAACUCAGAGGCGCAGCAGUCGUCCUCGCAAGAAGGUCACCUUCGAGGUUGACUCGGCCCUCGAGAUGUCGGAGUCUGCCGAUCCGAAGACUUCUUCCGCGCGCUCGUCCUUGUCUACAGUCGAGACCCAGAGUGUCAAGUCCACUGCCAUGGAACUUGAUGGUGACACAAUCCGCGUGCAGCAGCCCACAGACGCGCUGCAAGUCAAGAUCCCAGUGCCCGGCGAUGCUGCCACAAAGGGUAGUGGCGAUGAGGAUGACGACGAGCACUCCCCGCUUGAUGAUUUGAACAUGCUUGACCAGCAGAUCGAGGCAAAGAAGAAGAAGAAUGCUGGUGCUAAUCGUCCUUGGGGACGCGAGGGCAAGCAACCUCUGCGUAAUGCUGCUCCUGCCGACAAGGAUGUCGUCAUGAUUGAUGACGAUGAGGACGAAGAAGCUGAAGACAUUGAUGAAGGCCAAGUCGAUUACGAUGAUGUCCGUGCAUCGGAGCAUGAUCUCAGCCCUAGUGAUGCUGAGGAUAAGACUCGCGAGAUCAUUACGCUGUCUUCCGAUGACGAAGGUGCUCGUGGUACGGAUCCGAAGAAGAACGACGACAAUGGCGAGUACGAUCUGGAUGAGACUCCGUGGAAGACACAGAACUUCACGCGUGAAGUACGUGAGGUAUGGGAGUUGGGUUAUUGCAAUACGUUGAAGCACGCUCAACAUGGUAGCUGGGAGAUGACUGAGUUCUUCCAGCUCAAGAAGGAUCAAGAGAUGCUCAGGUACCUGAAGGACUUUCCCGUAUCGGAGUGGAUCAUCCCUCAGAAGCAGGCGAGCGAAGCCUAUGCAGCCUUGCACGAGCGUACACGGUGGCGUAGCGUAGGUGUGAAGAUCUACGCAGAGCAACAGGCUCGGGAGGCUCAGCAGUCGAUGCACUCCAUGCACAUGCAGAUGCAAAGUCCCAUGAGUAUGCAUGGCAACAUGCACCCUCAAACCUACCAGCACCCUGGCAUGAAUAAUCACCCUGCAAGCCGUCCUGGCAGCGUAUCUCAGCAAGGCAUGCCUUACCGUCAUCAUCAGCCGCCGAUGAAUGGCAUGGCACCACCUCCUCCUGGUCAGGUUUUGCGUUCGCAGGUCACCCAGAUGCCUAUGAAUGUGCCACCAGGUCGUGGGCCUCAACCCAUGGGUCCUCCACCUCCACCCUUCGGUCAUUCUCAGCAUGUCGGCGGUCCAUACGGCAUGCCCAAUGGCGGUCAGUACUACCAGAGCCCUCAUCAGAUGCCGCCUCAACAUCAGCAUCCACACCAGCAGAUGCAGAUGCAGCCGAAUCCAAUGGGCCCGCCGCAACUCAUGCCACCAUCUUACGGUCACAAUCAAGCCAGGCUACCAGUCCCGUUGAGGGCGCCGAAGCCGAAGAAGGCUACUCCACAACCUGCUACCUCUCCUCCUCCGGCUCCAGUCCCGCCGUAUUCUAGGUGUGAGCGUCCAGGCAAGAGCGAACCGAGAUAUGGCGGUGCCACUAAGACCGGCAAGCGUGGUGCGCGCAAGCAGGCAGAGGCUGAAGAGUUCCCGUGGCAUCGUGCGCUCGACUUCGUCAAGGAGCGCGAUAAUGCUACUUGGGAUGAGUCGAAGUACGACAAGACCAUCAUGGAGCAGAUGAGUAUCGUUCGGAGGCUCAACGUGCCUGUGAUCAUCGCCAUUGAUGAUGAGCUUGCCGAGAAGCAGAAGUUGUCUAGGAAUAAGAAGAAAGCUGCGGGAUCAGCUCGUGUCCCAUCACCCAAAGAUGAGACGCCAUCUGGCGAUGUUGAGAUGGAGGAGCCUGGCGAUAAGGGGUCAAAACGCAAGAAUGAAAACAUUGGUGGCGAUCCUUACUAUUCCGGUAACUUCUCAUUCGCCACCGAAGAGGACGCCAAGAAGGCCUUCGAUAUCAAUCCGAAGUACAAGACCCCAGACGAUAUCAUCACCGCAGUAGAGGAUGGCGACUUCGACGCUGAGUUGACCAAGGACCUUCGUCAUUGCUGGAAUCCAGGCAAGAAGGGCACGACACAAGAGCUCGUGCAGGCAUCGUUCCGAAUCUACGACACAAUCAUCACACGGCAAAUGUACAUGAUUACCAAGAUCUUGACGAAGCGUGCCGCUGAGUGCAUCAUCGACUUCAGCCCGGAUAUCCUGUGGCGUGAAGUCUUGCUCCGCAUCGUCUCCGAAGCCGGCAUGGGUAACAAAGACGUCCGGGACCGCUUCUGCUACAAUGGCUGCUAUGCCGACAAGGCUACGAUUACGAAGCGUAUUGCCGCUGCCCUUGGCCAGAAGCAAGCUAUUGCUAAGAGAGGUAAGCAGGAUGGCGAGCCCUCCAGCAGCAAAGGCAAGAAGCGUGGCCCGCAGGCUUCGAACUCUGAACGCUAUCAGGAUGGUGAGGAAGAGUGGCAUGAUAACAACAAGAUUGACUUCGACAACUACAUCCGCUUCUUUGGGAAGCGUCCCGGCGGUAGACGUCAGCGUGUGGGCGAAAAGCGCAAGCAGAGCGUGGGAACCGAGGAAGCUGUCGACGAUGACCCGCAAGAGGGGAGCAGCAAGCGUGCAAAGACCGAGCCCACGAGCAUGAGUCCGGCAGCGCGCAGUGAUGGGAGCAGCGAGAGUUCUGAUGAAGAGGAGUCUGAUGCUGAGGCUGAGAAGAAGGUUGAAGAGGAGGCUGAGGAGGAGGAUGAGGAUGAUGAUCAAGAUGAUGGAGACGCUGUCAGCGUGCAGAGUGAUGGUGUUCUAGACGCGAUUCCGGACGACGACUAG